CUUUUUAGACUUUAGUAUUGCGAAUGUACCACCUACUUAGCUCGUGGAAUUUAGUAAUUGCGAUUUUGCAAAUCAAGUAUACAGCAAUAAGUAUCCGUCGUUAUAAGGUUCAGUGAUUUUGUGAUAAAUGUCGUGACAGUGAAUUAAAAUGCAGUUUUAUAAGGAGAGGAUUCUAAAUGCUGCACAGUUAAAAAGACUCAGUGAACACAAAUAUUCGUGUACCAGUGCUAGUAUUCUAGAUGCUUGGCUACAGCCGUGGUGGUGCUGGCUAGUCUCAAAAACACCACUAUGGCUCGCGCCGAAUCUCAUUACAAUUUUAGGUCUAAUAAUUAAUAUAGUAACCACAUUAAUUUUGGUCUGGUACAGUCCUGACGCGAGGCAGGAGCCCCCGCGCUGGGCGUGCGCCUUGUGCGCCCUGGGCGUGUUCGUCUACCAGAGCCUGGAUGCCAUCGAUGGCAAACAGGCGCGACGCACGGGCUCGCAGUCGCCGUUGGGCGAACUGUUUGACCACGGCUGCGACUCCAUCUCCACCGUGUUUAUCGCGCUGGGCGCCUGUAUAGCGGUGCGUCUGGGAGACUACCCCACAUGGAUGUUCUUUCAGUGUUUCUGUGCGAUGACGCUGUUCUACUGCGCGCACUGGCAGGCGUACGUGACGGGCACGCUCAAGAUGGGCCGCGUGGACGUGACGGAGGCGCAGUACACCAUCAUCGCCAUCCAUAUCAUCUCCGCCGCGCUCGGCCCCUCCGUCUGGGCCACCGAGAUACCGGCCAUUCACCGAAGUGUUAACGUCUUGUCGAAUUACGGCGUGGUGCUGAUCAACUCGUUCGUCGUUUUCGGAUACUUUAAAGUUAUAUUCGGGGGUGGAGUGGGGAAAAACGGCUCGACGGUCGCAGGCACGAGCAUUUUGUCGCCGGUGAUCCCCUUCUCGUUCGUGGUGGUGCCCGCCUUCAUCAUCUUCCAGAAGAGCGAGUCCCACGUGUACGAGAACCACCCGGCGCUCUACAUCCUCGCGUUUGGGAUGGUCGCCGCCAAAGUAACCAAUCGUCUAGUGGUGGCUCACAUGACCAAGAGUGAGAUGGAGCUGUAUGACUGGUCCAUGCUGGGCCCCGCCAUGCUGUUUCUCAACCAGUACUUCAAUAAUGCCAUCCCCGAGUACUACGUGCUCUGGCUGUGCACUAUAUGGGUAUGCGUGGACCUCAUGCGGUACUGCGGACAGAUCUGCUUGGAGAUAUGCGCGCACCUCAAUAUCCAACUGUUCCGCAUCACUCCGUGCGAGCCCAGCGAGAAGAUCGCGCACAGAAACGUGACGUCAAGCGAUGAACAGUCGGAGAACGAUGAUGAGGCGCCAUUGAUGAACAACUACAGUGUCAGCUAGUUCACCUUUCCCUACUGUACUUUCAUGGCUAUUCAUCGGUCGCGCAGCAAAGAAAAUAUCGGUCAUUGACUUAUCCCUGUUGCUUGUGUUAUAUUUCGGGCACGUUUUGAAUUUAUACUUCUUUUGGCGCUUUAAGGAAAAAUUACUAGAGUAAAUUUUACGAUGCGCGCGAACACAGUCACGAAAAUUCGACACUCUGACGUUAGCUGGUCAACUAGACCAUUUGUGUCAUACUUCAGCUAUCAAGCCUCUUGUAACUCGUAUGUUUACUGAACCACAACCAAUGGACGUGAAUUAAAUAAAUUUCAAUAUAUUGUUUAAAUUUAUAUUCAAGUUUAAUACCUUCUUUAUUACAAUAUUGUUUUUUCUACAAACGUAAAAUAGCACGAGAAAUAUUGUUUUAUUAUGCCAAAUAAGAAUAAGUUCUUGCGUGCGUACAUAAGUACACACACUUUUUUACUUCAUAUUAUUAUUAUUAGCAGUAGUUCAAUGACCGAAAUUAUGCCGGCUUCUUGACCAGAGUAAUACUAAGGAACAUUAUUUUUACACAUUAUAUAAUAGGUCCGUUAUAGUUGUGACGCGCCGAACUCUGAGUGAGACUCAAAUUGUAAGCUAAUAAAAUAAUAUAUUAUAUAAAAACGAAGAAUAGCUGCAACUCGGGGGGGCCUACUCCUAAAAUCGAUAUUCGAUAUAUCGUGGCAUUAUUCGUGUCGAAUCCUACUCUUAGUGACAUCGUAUUCAAUGUCGAAACGAUGAUUGAACGAACGAAACAUUUUUUGAUAUUAUCGGUCCUAACCCUACUCUUAGUUGAAGAUGCCAGAGACGAAUAUUCGAAUUUGACAAAUAAUCAAACGUCACUUUUACGAUAAUCUCAACGACACCUUCUAGGCUGUCGUUGCUAUUAUCGUUUCAAGUUGUAUAGAUAUAUUUGCCAUACAAUAUACAUACCUUAAUAAAAAUUGUUAAAUUAAUUAUAUGUGAUUUACUAUUCAACAGGAUUUUUUACUACCAAGUAAUUUAAGUCAUUUUGUUGAUCGUUUAUGCGUAGAAAGUAAUGCAAAUGGCCGCCUGAGAGAUAGUCGACGAGAAGGGUUGAGUUACUUUUUUUCACAUUUUACUAUCCGCAAGUUUUGUAUUAUUUAUUCAAUUUUAAGUGGUCAUAUUAUAUUCAUUACAUAAUUUUUGAAUAUUUACAUUUUGUGUAAAUGAUGUAAAUUGGUGGGGCAGAGUCUGGCAUGGUCCUUAGCGCCUAAACUAUGUUUUGACUUUUGACACUUAACAGCGUCUUAGCAGUUAGCACAGAUAAUAUUUAGUUUUUGAAGGUUUGCACAUAAUUUAUUCACUCUAACAUCGUAAAAAAAUCAAAAUAUUAGUCUAUGGUUACGAUAUUGUUACGAUAACCGAUAUGGAAUAUGAACAUUUGUUAGAGUACGAUAUAUACAGUGGUGCGAUAUAUUCGGCGUAUUAUUGUAUCGUUCCGAAUAUAUCGUUGUCGAUUUUGCGAGUAGACCUCCUUUUAUGUAAAUGAUAAUCUACGAUUGUUGUUUCGCUUGCAGGACAGUACACUUAGUAUCAAAUUUCCAUUAACUAUUCAUUCUGUAUAACAUCGUGUAAGUUUUGUUUUAAGUUACCAUUUUGUAUUAAUCGAUUUAAGUAUUUAUGUUGCAUUUUAUAUUAUAUGAUCGAAACUCAUUUUAUAUUUAUGUAUUUUCAAUAGUUCAAUAUGUCAUCUUAAAUCUUCAGCGGUUUCAUUGUCAGGGUCUUAAUGGAGAGUGAAAGUCAAAUAAACUUUAUUCAAUUAAGCUUUUUAAUCGUCACUAUAAAUAUUUCUGAGUUUACCAUAAGUUCGGAAAAAGAUGAGCUCGUGAGAAGAACAUACAAGAAACUAAACGGACACUCUUUUCAAUCAAAUAGAGUAUUUUUGCACUGAACGUAAUAUACUAAACAAAUUAGUUUUUAUGGUGCUGCAUCCAAUAUAUGAAUCGCGUUUAAAUAAUAACAACUAUUUCAUAAAAACUAAUAAAGAGUUAACUGUAUAAAUAUAAAUUAUCGUAUAUUGGAAGCAUCAGCCUUUAGAGCUUGAAUUCAUUGUUUGUGUAAGGAUGCUUCGUGAACAUGAUGGUCGUGAUUACUGUCACAAUUAGUAAUCGCAUCUAACAAAUAGGUACAAUGAUUUAUUAAGGUCGACUUGGCACCACAAGCAGCACCCGUUCACGAGUUGACGCACGGACCAUCAUUCCUUUCGCUCAUAUUUGAGGGAAGGAAACCACCCGGCACAAUAAGCCACCGCAAGCAAUUUAUUAAUAAAUUGAAAAAUAGAUUGUGUAGGUUUCGAGUUCAUGGAAAACAAAGAAACAAAAUAUACAUUCAUAAUCAUUAAACACAACUGUACUCUACAUCUGCGCAUCUAUUUGUACUCAGUCCUCAACUCCGUGCCGGGGCCUUACCAAUAAUUGGCACAUAGGUAUACUUUCGUACUUACUGAUUUAUUUUUACUACGAAACUUGAAUGUUUUGCAAAAUUCGGUAUUUUUAAACCACUUCGAAUAGAUGAUCAUGCGGCACCUGCCAAUUGGCACUAGCGAUAAUGGUCUAAGAGCCCGUCAACCCCAGACCUACGUUAUUUUAUUAAAGCUGAAAGUUUGUCAGCGCAUGCUCACAACACAGGUAAGAACGAUGGACCAUUAUGGUGUUUGGGUUACAGUGGCUUUGGCAGGUAAACGAUACUAAAGGUGUAUAAAAUACCGAUCUAAAUACAUCAAAUAAUAAAGUGCGAUUUUUUCGGUAUUAUCUUCAGAAUAUUAUUAAAAAUCACGUUAUUCAUUGCCAGACACAUAAUAUCGUGGCAACCCCUUGCCUUAAUCUUAUUACAUAUACCGUUAACUUUUAUUUGUAGGUUGCUAAAUGCAAAUAAACGCAUAUCACUCUAGGUCGCUGACAUUUAUGUCGCCUUAUGGCAUUUAUUGUAAAUUAUUCAGGCGUCAAUUCAGAAUAUAUUUAUGAAUGAAACCGUUUUAAUUUCACGAGUUUAAAAUUCACAUCAAUUGUUUUUAUACUUUACGGUAAAUACCGUUGUCAUUUUACCAGGGCAAGUCAACCAUGGAUGUUGGAAUGGUACUUGUUAAACAUGUGUAUGACUCUUGGGAGGACUUCCAUGAUACAACAGCUAUUUUCUGCGAUCGUUCACCGACCGGCUUUCGAUUGCGUUAAAUUUAGUAUUCAUUGAGUUAAGCUUAAGUAAUUUAAUGUAGAUAUUAUUAUGUAACUUGUAUUUCGACAUAUUUACAUGAAUUAUGGUCUCUCCAGAACUAGGACGCUGACUCUUAGCAAGUGAUGAUAUAGAUUGCCCUUUCGAAGUCUGAUUUCUGUUUGCACUUUUCGUGACCAUAUCAAGGCAGUGUCUAAAAGGGCCUACCAGGUACAUAAAAUGACAUCAAAAAGAAUUCUAAAAGAAUCAAUUUUCAGAAAAUAAUUGCCCUUUUUAUUGUUAGUACCUACCUAGCCAUUGCAUAAAAAAUUAUGAAUAAUAAAUUCUUAGUGAAUUAUGAUCGGUAGGUACGUCUAAACAGCUGAUGCAUGGCAACAUUUUGUGAGGUGUUGGUGUGGUUGCAGAUUGUUAAUAAAUGAUUGUACAAAAA